UCACCAGUCUACCGCGGCACAUGCAUCUGUCGGCACGUCCACACACUACGGAUUUACACACGACUCUUUCACCCAGACAGCGAGCCUCCUGCCCGGCUUGACGCACCGGAUACGUACACUUCCAAGGAUUGAGAUUGUACACCAAGAUAUGAAGUUCCUCUUUGCAUAGCCUCACUAUGUCACACUCCGUCAGUGACUGUGUGCCCAGCGAAGAGGAGCGGGACAGCCCAAAAACUGCCCCCUCUGCCCCCUGUACUCCCCCGGGACCCCCCCUCAGAAGCAGGGACGACCUCUACGAAUGUAAUACCCACGUCUGCCACAGGGGACACUCCACCAACUCUCUGCUGAAGGGCUGCAAGAGGAAACGGACCGAAAACACAGCAGACGACACAGAGAAUGAACUAUUUUCACACAAGUGCUCCGAGCUGCAGUGCUACCUCCCCCCGCUGUCGGCCAUUUUGAGAGGACUGAAGUCAGGCAGGUACUCUGACCGUCUGAGCAGUUUCCAGGAGAGUUUGGCCAUGGACCGAAUCCAAAGGAUCCUGGGCGUCCUGCAGAAUCCAGCUCCAGGGGGUCGUUUCCUGAGCACGGUGCUGAAGAUCGAGGAGAUGCUCCAGACCUGGUUUCCUCACAUCAAAGACCCCAGCGUCUGUAAGACACAGAAGUUGUGUCCAGUGGGUCCAGAGUGGCUGUACAGUUCCCACGAUGCACCUCUGCACUGGCUCCGCCCCCCGCUUCCAGAAUGCCCUGCACCCUCAGUGACGCAGGACAAUGCCGUAUCAUCCAGCACUGACUUCCUCACAGCGCCCCCUAGAGACAGUACACCACCUUCAUUCACCAUAAGGAGCCCAUGUUUAGAGAGACUACUUCAGGCUAAAGAAAGCAUUAUCCAAACCAGGACUGAGGCAAGACCGGCUGUAAACCCGGACUAGAACCAGGACCAAAACCUAGGCCUUAUUUAUUUUGACACCUCAAUAUAAUUUUUUGUACCCCAAAAGUUAACACAAAAUGCUGUAUUUACAAAGAAAGAGGAUUCCAACAGCUAAAUACACUGCUAGCUUGUUAACAGAUUUUAUAAAUAAUUCACCUAUCUUGUUCCACUUGGAUGUUGGCAACACAGGGAGGACACUCCACUCAGAGAGAUCAGGAGUCUAACCCACUCCCGCCUCCUGUUGAAAGGGAGGAGACAGGAUAACCACUCUGCCAUAGUAACACAGAAUGUAUUGAACACAAAAAUUAUUGAACCCACUCUUUUACUUGGGAAUGAGUAGCUUUGUAUAAUGGAAAAGGAAGGGCAUCUGAUGUAAAAAUUAAACUUAAUUUAUGCUAAAAUACACCAAGUUUACAGCUUACACUAUCUGCUGAAAGGACCUGUUUAUGUAAAUGAACUGUCACUAUUGCCUUGGUCAAUAUUUUGUACUUUGAUG